CAUCAGCUUUAGCGAUUAGUGAUUUUACCUUCACAUUGGAAAAAAUGAGCUUUUUGAAAUAAACCGUAAAAUCCAUAGGACUUCUUAAAAGGGUAUAUCAAAACAGCCGAUAAGAAAACAUCGGAGUGAGGUUAAACUGCAAGCGUUUAAAAGCAGCUCCCGAUUAUUUUCCUUCAGUAUUAAACAAGAUUUCAAAUAGAGCGACGUCCACUUAAAAAUCAGUAAAAAUAACAAUGCUCUUGGCAGGAUGUCUUUGGGUAAUUUGUUUGGCUUUGAUGCCAUUUCCGAGCCUUGCGGUAGAUACUUCGCAAAAGCCAACGCUGGCCUCGGCAUUUAGCUCAAAAUCAACAACACCUGCUGCUUCGAAUACAUUGAAGACGAAUAGGACGACGGGGGAGUUGCUUCCCAUGGUCAUCAACACAUGGAACUUCACGGCUUCCAAUAUGUUGGCCUGGCGGAUCCUUAAGCAGAGCAAGGGUGGACUACGGCAGACUCGCAACGCCGUGGUAGAGGGCUGCUCAAAGUGCGAGAAACUGCAGUGCGACCGAACAGUGGGAUACGGCGGAUCCCCGGACGAGUCGGGUGAGACUACGUUGGACGCAAUGGUCAUGGACGGUGGGACCAUGGACGUGGGCGCUGUGGCUGGUCUGCGACGCAUAAAGGAUGCCAUCAAGGUGGCGCGUCAUGUUCUGGAACACACGCAACACACCAUGUUGGUCGGUGAUGCGGCGUCCGCCUUUGCGAAUGCAAUGGGAUUCGAGUCUGAAUCACUGAUCACGCCAGAGUCAAAGGACAUGUGGCUACAAUGGAUGGCGGAAAACUGUCAGCCGAACUUCUGGUGGAACGUGCACCCCGAUCCCAAGGUUUCCUGUGGCCCCUACAAGCCUCGGCCCACUCCCCUGACUCGCUGGAAGGAAGACCGUGCCCGCAACGAGUAUGAAAUCGGGCGCAAGAACCACGACACCAUCGGCAUGAUAGCCAUCGAUGUAGAAAGUAACAUCCACGCGGGCACAUCCACCAACGGUGCGCGUCACAAGAUUCCUGGUCGUGUCGGGGAUUCUCCAAUUCCGGGUGCCGGUGCUUAUGCGGACAACGAGGUGGGCGCCGCUGUGGCCACUGGGGACGGAGAUGUGAUGAUGCGGUUUCUGCCCUCGCUUCUAGCCGUGGAGGCCAUGCGCGUGGGUAAGCCUCCAGCUGAGGCGGCCGCAGUGGGAAUACGCCGGAUGAUAAAACACCACAAGGAUUUUAUGGGCGCCGUCAUAGCCGUUGAUCGGCUUGGAAACUAUGCAGCCGCCUGCUACGGAUUGGAUGAGUUCCCCUUCGUAGUCAGCAGUCCCGCAGGACCCAACGGUCCCACUCGGUUGGAAACAGUCAAGUGCAUAGCGGGUCAAGAAAAAGUAAAUGUGGUGUUCUUAUAAGAACACUGAAAAUGCAAAGGGUUUUAAUGACAUUGUAAUUUGAUUUUAAUUUUCCUACUAUUUUUAGGUGUUUUUUAUCGAUUAAUUUUUGAAUUUUUGUAUUGGAAUUGUUUUUCGAUAUACGGCGUUGUACCGUUGAUUGGCGAUAACCACUUUUAAAAAUGCUUUGUGAUGGUCACCUUAAAAUUCUGGACUGAAAGAUAUAGUGUUUCCAAUUAAAAAGUUACCCAAAUAAAACAGAAAAAAUAUUUUAAACUUAAA